AUGCUGCAUGAAGUACCGGAUUAUUCAAAAAAACGUACCGGUCCCGGUGAAGAUGGUAGUGGUGUAUAUUUGACAGGGAAACAGAAAGUACGAGGAGAAGCGGAUAUGAAAAAGUGGUUCAUGAAUUUGGUUGCAAGUGAUAUGAUAUCACUGGAUCGGAGUUUGCCGGAUCAUCGCCACGAACAGUGCCGUAAAAUCAAUUAUCCUGAUAACUUACCAGUAGCCUCAGUAGUGAUCAUUUUCACUGAUGAAGCGUGGUCACCUCUAAUGCGAACAGUGCAUUCCGUAAUCAAUAGAACACCAUUUAAAUUGCUGCAAGAAAUCAUUCUUGUUGAUGAUUUUAGUCAGAGAGAUGAUUUGAAGGGUAGGCUAGAAGAAUACAUUAAACGCUUUGGCAACAAAGUACGCUUGAUACGAGCACGGGAACGACAGGGCUUGAUACGGGCAAAAUUAUUGGGUGCGAAAGAAGCAAUUGGUGAUGUAUUAAUAUUUCUUGAUUCCCACUGUGAAGUAUCAGAGGGAUGGUUAGAACCACUGUUAGCGCGUAUCAAAGAGAAUCGGUCAGUUGUUCUUUGUCCUAUAAUUGAUCAUAUAUCAGCAGAAACACUGGCUUAUUCGGGCAGUGAUCGCCUUGCGAAUGUUGGUGGGUUUUGGUGGAGCCUUCAUUUCCGCUGGGAUCCCUUGCCAGAAGAAUAUUAUGGUAUUGAUCCUACGAAACCAAUUAGGUCUCCAACAAUGGCAGGUGGUCUUUUUGCAGUAGACAGGUUAUACUUUUUCGAAGUUGGUGGAUAUGACCCUAAAAUGGAUAUAUGGGGUGGCGAAAAUCUUGAAAUAUCAUUCAGAGUGUGGAUGUGUGGUGGAGGCAUAGAAUUUAUUCCUUGCUCACAUGUUGGCCAUAUAUUUCGAGCCGGUCAUCCUUAUAACAUGACUGGGCCUGGUAAUAAUGAGGAUGUACACGGCACCAAUUCGAAAAGACUUGCAGAAGUAUGGAUGGAUGAUUAUAAAAGAUUUUAUUAUAUACACCGGUCAGAUUUGAAGGAGAAGAACGUUGGCGAUCUCUCGGAAAGGAGAGCUUUGCGCAAAAAACUGAAAUGCAAGUCAUUUAAGUGGUAUUUGGAAAACGUCGCGAAAAAUAAAUUCAUUUUGGAUGAAAAUGUUGCAGCAUUCGGCGCACUGCGAAAUCCUUCCAGUGGAUUUUGUCUGGAUACGCUGCAACAAGAUGAAAAAGAGGCUGUAUCUCUUGCUGUCUUUCCUUGUCAGAAUGGUAAAAGCGAAGCUCAAAUUUUUUCCUUGACAAAUGAUGGAAAGCUACGACGUGAGUUAACUUGCGCUAAAAUUGAUCGAAAUACUAUUGUGGAUAAUAAAGCAGCUGUUCAUUUAGUGUAUUGUGGAGAAAGUGAAAAAGAAGAUAAAUGGACUUUGAAGGAUGGAAAAUUACGAAAUGAAGAUACGGAUCUCUGUUUGGAUGUGUUAGGACUGACGAAAAAUGAUAAUAUAGUUGCACGCAGUUGUACAGAUGACUUAGAUACGCAAAAAUGGGAAAUUAUGGAAGUUAAUCUGUGA